CUCGCUGCCCGCGUGGCUCGGGGCCCGCCGCCGGGCCCGCCCGCCGGCCCCUCACCCCCGGGCCCGCCGGCCAUGGCUCUCGCCGCCGGCGCACAGGGGGCCGCGGGCGGCUCCGAGGCCGGCUCCUCCUCGCCGGCUGGCGCGGCCUGGGCGCCGCCCACCCUGAACGCCGAGGGGGAGGUCGAGCUGCAGGCGCGGUGGGGCGCGCAGAGCGUGCCAGUGCUCCUGUCGCCGGCCGACUGGGGCACGCUGACCUUCGGGGAGCUGAAGCGCCGGCUCGACGCGGAGCUCAACGUGCCCCACGAGAAGAUGAGGCUCGUGGGCGUCGUGGCGGACGGGGGGCGGCCGCCCGCCGGCGACGACCUCCUGUGCACCCUCGCGUUCAAGAGGCCGGGCACGUUCGUGCUCGUGGGCACCGCGCGGGAGCACCAGCUGCAGGAGGACACCCCCGGAGCCGAGGCGGUCCCCGACCCAGGCUCGGUGGCGCGGAACGACCUGCACCUGCAGCGGCUGCAGGCUGCCAUCCAGGCGACGGACAUCACCGUCCUGCAGCAGCCCCGGGAAGGGAAGCGCCUGCUGGUCUUGGACCUGGACUACACCGUGUUCGAUUGCAAGUCCUCCGCGCCGAUCGAAAGGUGCAAGCGGCCGUUCACCGACGAGCUGCUGGUGGAGCUCUACCCAUACUACGACAUCGCCGUGUGGAGCCAGACGAGGUGGCAUUGGGUGGAGGCCAAGCUGACCGAGCUGGGCCUGCUGACCAACCCGCGCUUCAGCAUCUCCUUCUGCAUGGACCGUUCCUCGAUGUUCACCGUCACCUCCAUGGACAGGCACGGGCAGCCGCGCUCCCACGAGGUCAAGGCGCUCGAGGUUAUCUGGUCAAAAUUUCCGGCCAGCUUCGGGCCUGCCAACACGGUGCACGUCGACGACCUGGGCCGGAAUUUCGCCAUGAACCCACGCAACGGGAUCGAGGUCUCGCCGUUCCGCGUGAAGCACGCCAACAGCGCCAACGAUGUCGAGCUCAAGAACCUCGCGGCGUAUCUGCUCUCCCUCGUGGACGCGCCAGACCUGUCCGAGGUGGACCACUCGCGGUGGCGCGGCCUCUUCAGCUGA